UCUACAAAUAAGCAUAUAGCAAUUCAAGUAUUCAACACAUGGCAUGAUAGUGAAGAUCGUCUCCCUCUCUGUUAUAUUUAUGUAGCGCAACUGAUGCCAUACGUACCCCAAACCAACCGCCAGAGAAAUGGAGGACUUCCUCCUCAGUUGCCUACUCUGCCUCCUCUGCACCCUCACCGUCCUCCAGUUCCUGGCAAGAAGACCCAACAAAACUCCGACCAACCUCCCGCCGGGUCCAGCCCGGCUUCCAAUAAUAGGCAACCUCCACAAUCUGGGCGACCAGCCCCACAAAUCACUAGCCGAUCUAGCCAAGAUUCACGGGCCCUUGAUGAGCCUAAAGCUCGGCCAAAUCACCACCAUCGUCGCUUCUUCCCCUGCCAUCGCCAGAGAAAUCCUCCGAAAGCAUGACCAAGCCCUCUGCGACCGCCAGCUCAUCCUUGCCAUACAAGCCCUCGACCACCACCAGUCCGGUCUGCCGUGGCUCCCCGUCGAAUCCAAGUGGAGGAACCUCCGAAAAGUCUGCAAUUCCUGCCUCUUCACUACCCAGAAGCUGGAUUCCAACCAGGAGCUCCGCAGGAGGAAGAUUGAGGAGCUCCUGGAAGGUGUUCGACGAAAUGUCUGUGAGGGGAAAGCGGUGGAUAUCGGGAGAGAGGCGUUCAGGGCCACCUUGAAUGCUCUGUCCAUGACGAUUCUUUCGUUGGAUCUCGCAAAUGAUGACGAGGGAUGCGCCAAGGAGUUCAAGGAGAUUGCGAAUGGGAUUAUGACAGAGGCCGGGAAAUCCAAUUUGGGAGACUACUACCCUGUUCUGGGCAAGAUGGAUUUGCAGGGAAUACAGAGGCGGACGAGGACUCAUUUCCGGAGAGCUCGGGAACUGUUUGGUUCAGUGGUCGAAGGACGGCUGGUGAAGCUGAAGUCGGAGAGCUAUGUCUCCGGUAAUGACAUGCUCGACACACUUCUUGCCUUUGGAGAUGAGAAUAGUCACGGGGCUUCCAUGGAUACAGAGCAGAUUAAAAGCUUGUUUUUGGAUCUAUUUAUAGCUGGGACUGAUACAACUACAAGAACUUUAGAAUGGGCCAUGGCUGAGCUCUUACGCAAUCCCAAUGCACUUACUAAGGUACAAGAAGAACUAGAUCAGACGAUCGGAAAAGGAAAUCAUCUUGAAGAAUCAGACAUUCAUCGAUUACCCUACCUACAAUCGGUUAUCAAAGAGACUUUCAGAUUACACCCAGCAGUUCCACUUUUACUCCCACGAAAGGCAAGAUCGGAUGUUGAAAUUGGCGAGUUCACCGUGCCCAAAGACGCACAAGUUCUCGUCAAUGCAUGGGCUAUAGGUCGGGAUCCAUCCGUAUGGGAUGAUCCCAAUUCGUUCGUGCCAGAAAGAUUUAUGGGGUCGCAGGUUGAUGUCAAAGGGAAUCAAUUUGAGCUGAUCCCAUUUGGUGCGGGAAGAAGGAUAUGCCCUGGAUUACCAUUAGCAAUCAGGAUGUUGCAUAUGAUGUUGGGUUCGUUGGUUCAUUGGUUUGAUUGGAAGUUAGUGGAUGGUAUCGUGCCAGAGGCAUUGGAUAUGGAAGAAAAGUUUGGGCUUACUAUGGAGAAGGCAAAACCUUUGGUUGCUAUUCCGACUCUCAGAUAAAAUCAUGAGACGGAUGGUAGGCAUUUGUACUAUUAUAAAUAAUGGAACUACACAUAAUCAAUUAUAUUUUGGACGUAACGAAAUACUUCUAUUGAUAAGUAAAGUGAACUAUUCUACUCACACUUUGGGAGGUACCACUAUGUGAAAGUUCAGGUGAACUCAUUCAUCUCUUUAGCGUGUUUCGUUUCAUUUCACGAUGUGUAAGUAUAAUAGGACUGUUAAUAUCGUGAGAAAACAAGUCAUCUCAUUUUUGGUUCAGCAGCUUGUGAGUUGUGACCAACGUAUUUUACUUUUUCUUACUAUGAUAUGCAAAGAUGUUGUAUAUAUUUGUAUCUUGCUAUUUUGUUUUAGAAUAUCUUCGAGAUCCAGAAAAAAGAAAGUGGAAUUUAUAUUAUGGUUUGCAAGAAAAUAAUUUUUAUAUA